GUCGAGUUGGUGGUGGUGAGCUGAUUCUGUUCGGUCGCUUGGGUAGAAAACCGAGUGUUCUCGGUUAGUGUUUGUGUUGCCUGCAGCACGAGCGCUUAAGCUUUCAGCGACGGCACUCCUCUCCACAGGGCAACAAGAGAUAAGUCCCCUAGGUUCGCCGGCGAGAGUCCAACAGCAGCGCCAACGGGGCGCGAACCGGCGAUUGCGAGCACCACAUCGAGGCAGACAUCAGCAGGUGACUCGAGCGGGACGAGAGAAGAGUGGGGCGCUGCCUGUGGCGCGAGGCGGCGAAACGACGGGGGAGGCGCACGCUACAUCGUCGACACAAGGUAUUUGGCAUACUGGCACUGACACAUCACCUCUGUUAUGUGAAGCAAACAGAGUUAAGAUUAUAAUCAGCGGCAACCCUUCGUUCUUCAAUCAAGAUAAGGCUGAUAUCAGCUUUCAGAAACCAUGAAGCUAGUACAUGGAUUAAUUUUUCUGGGGUUCUUACAGUCUGUUGCAUGUCAGAUGGUCGAUCAACAGGUCCAGGCUCUGUCUGAGGUGAAGAUGAUGCUUAAUGACAGUCGUGGUGUCCUAGAAGAAUGGAAAGACCAUCUAGAUACUGCAUGUAGUGCUAUUGCUACUGUCUUGUGUGCUGGAGGACAAGUCGUUCAAAUAAGCUUGAGCUCAUCAGGGUUAAGUGGAGUCUUGUCGCCCAGCAUUGCGAAGUUGAAAACACUACAACGGCUGUUUUUAGAUGGUAACGACAUAAGUGGAGGAAUCCCACAGGAGAUCGGGAAUCUUUCAAGUCUGAUAAUUCUUAGACUUGAAAAUAAUCUAUUCAAUGGCUCAAUACCCGAUCCUCUUGGCCGCCUUUCAAAACUGCAACAUCUGGAUCUGAGCCAAAAUCUUCUAAGUGGAAAUAUUCCAAUCUCUCUGUCCAAUAUUCCAUCCUUGAAUUCCAUCAAUCUGGCAUAUAACAAUCUUAGUGGUGAAAUACCUGAACUACUUCAUGCGGCCCUAUACAACUAUACCGGCAACCACUUAAAUUGUGGUCCACACUCAAUGCCAUGCGAAGGAAACAUCAACAAUACAGGUGGAUCAAGAAAAUCCACCAUAAAGGUGGUUCUUGGAAGCAUUGGUGGAGCAAUAGUUCUCGUCCUUGUUGCUAUUCUAAUCUUGCGAAGAAUGCAUAGCCGACAUUAUUUAUGUUUUGAUGUUCCAGAUGAGCAUGCUCUAAGCCUAGAUCUUGGGCAGACACAACAGUUCUCGUUCCAUCAUCUCAUGAUUGCAACAGGAAAUUUUGGUAGAGAAAAUUUUAUUGGCAAGGGCUCUUUAACUGAGGUUUACAAAGGAGUUCUUCCAGGCCAAGACGAUAAAGCAGUUGCUGUCAAACGAUUUGUCAAAAUAAAAAAGCAUGAGGAUGAUAUGGCUUUCAGACGAGAAGCUGAAGUUAUAAGGGUGGCUGUCCACAACAAUAUAUUGAGAUUGACAGGGUAUUGCAUGGAACGAAAGGAGCGCCUCUUGGUUUAUCCUUUCAUGGAGAAUUUGAGUCUUUCUUCUAAUUUAGAAGGUUUAAAACCAAAUCAACCAACAUUGGAUUGGGCAAAAAGAAUGAAAAUUGCUCUUGGUGUUGCCCAUGCUUUGGAAUACCUUCAUGAUAACUGCAACCCCCCGAUUAUCCACCGUGAUAUCAAGGCUGCCAAUGUCCUGCUCAAUGGAAAUUUUGAAGCUGUGCUAGGAGACUUCGGAUUAGCAAUGAUAAUGGACCAAGGGAAGGCAAUAGUGACGACAGAGAUCCAGGGAACAGUGGGCUACAUGGCUCCUGAGUACAGGAGUACAGGAAAGGCAUCAACGAAAACGGACGUAUAUGGAUAUGGUGUCUUGCUGCUAGAGAUUGUGACAGGAAAGGGUCCAGACUUCCAUGUUAAUGUGAAGCAUUUCAUGCAAGAAGGCCAACCGCAAGAAAUUGUCGACCCCAAUUUGGAUCGUGCAUAUCAGCGUGAAGAGCUGAUACAACUUAUGAAUAUAUCACUCCUCUGCACCCAAGAGGAAGCUGAACUCCGACCUACGAUGUCGAGAAUUGUAAAGAUGCUUGAAGCAGAUGCCCGGCAAGAUCGGUGGGCUGAGUCGCUACAUGCUCAGCUUAUCUCUCGGGGUUGGCUCGAGCAGUAUGAGGAAAGGGCGAUACAGAAGUUCGCAGGUAAUGCCUUUGCCCCCUCUCCUGAUAGCUAGCCUGUAGCGGAGGCCGACAGCGAGAAGAGCAAGCAAGUCUUGGGGGAGAAGAAGAACAGGGCCCGUGGACAGAGUGGGAGAGAGGGGAGAAUAGCCGUCGGCGUGAGUGGGCGAGUAUGAUGUGUGGGACCCAGGGUCCAGGGGCCGUAUAGGAAGGCAAGCGUGCAUUGUAAUCGACAGCUAUCGAGAGGGGGGCGUUGUGGAGGCAGAGCUCCUUGCAGGCCGUAAUCUGUGUCGAGCGUUUCAGCAUCUGCAUGCGUGCCGUGAGCCUUUUCAGCUACUCUAUAUACGAUCUCUAUUUAAGUGAAAUACACCGGUGCCAUACUAUCGUGUUCGAUAAAGCUCUGAGAAUUCGUUGCAAAAACAAAAAAAAUACUAUCGUGUUCGCCAUUUGUACGUGGGCCUACGUUUAGCCGGUCUAUCGCGUGAACAUGAUGUUCUUCGUGGUUGGAUUUGAAUUUGGCCCACUGCACGGGCUGGUGACUGGUUGAUUGCCCGAUAGUUGACACGCUAUGGUGACCAUUACGAGGUUAGGCAGUGCACAGGGUACGUGUGUUCGGCCCGUCGACCCCAGCUGUAGCAUGCCGGAGUAGAGGGCUUUCGUGAUGGAUGCCAUGGAGUUCUUCUACGAGGAAUCGGAUGCAGGGUUCGUCCCUCAUUUGGGUAUCAGGUUUGCAUUAAGAGAUGGAGUUGCCAGCGAGCAGUUGAUUGAUGAUGAGACGAGUAGAACUGCUGGUGUCCAAGACGACUUGAUUUCUUCUGAGCAAGUGCGCGGGGAUGGGUACCAUCUGGAAGACGAAGCAGUUGAGCAGACGGAAGGAACAUUCGGAUUUGCUACAACUCAGCUAGCUGAGUUUUACUUAUAGUCUCAUUCACCGUUGUAACCAUUAGAUAUGUGUUUUAAGAUUCGUGCGAAACAUUUCUUUCGCGUGACAGGAUGCAAGGCUGUUCUCGUACAGGGCAGCCCCAUGUGCGUUGAUUUUUUUGUCUGUCCUUUGUCUGUUUGACUAUUGGGCUGGGCUAUGUGCGUUUUUCUUUUCUUCAUAUUUCCUAGCCCAAUGAAAAACCAUGGGGUCAGAGAUAUAAAUGUAACGUUGUUACUUUUC